AUGUCAGAAAAUUACGUCGCCCCUGGCCAGCAGCGCUACCUCCGCGCCUGCAUGGUCUGCUCCAUCGUCAUGACUUAUGCGCGCUUCCGCGACGAGGGCUGCCCCAACUGCGAGGAGUUCCUGCACCUGCAGGGCUCGCCCGACCAGAUCGACAGCUGCACAUCGCAGGUGUUUGAGGGCCUGAUCGCGCUAUCGGAUCCCAAGAAGUCGUGGGUGGCCAAGUGGCAGCGGCUGGACGGCUACGUGCGCGGCGUCUACGCGACCAAGGUCUCGGGCCAGCUGCCGGACGACGUGCGCGCCCAGCUGGAGGACGAGUAUCGCAUUACUUAUAUUCCGCGCGACGGUAGCGCGACGGAGGCGGAUUAA